AUGCGAUCAGGCUUUGCCUUUCAGCGUCAGGUGGAAACUCGCCCCGUGGGAGAACGGGAUACAAACUUGGUUUCAGUCUAUCGGGAAGUUAUUUUGGAACAGUCGGCGAAUGUUUUCAUAGAUAAAAGGAAAUUGACGACACAAACCAACACUUGGAAAAUGAAGAGCUUCAAGAACCGACUGAAAAAGCACGAAGUUAACAUCACUAACACAGACUGGAACAAGUAUGAUGAUCGGCUGAUGAAAGCAGUGGAACGUGGGGAGGUGGACAAGGUGGCUGCAGUUCUUGGCAAGAAGGGUAUAGUCCCUACCAAACCUGAUGUGGAGGGACGAUCUGCGUUCCAUUUGGCUGCAACACGAGGACACCUGGACUGUCUCAAUCUCAUACUAUCACACAAUCCUGAUGUCACAGCAACUGAUGCCACAGGUAAAAAUGCUCUUCAUCUGGCUUCAAGAAAUGGACACUCGCUGUGUGUGCAAAAACUUCUUCAGCAUAACUGUCCAGUUGGAAAUGUGGACCUACAAGGAAGAACAGCUCUCCAUGAUGCUGUUAUGGCAGGCUGCUCAUCCAGCGUGAAACUUCUCUGCGACAGCGGUGCUUCAGUCAAUACCAGUGAUUUUGAUGGCAGGACUCCUCUGGUGCUGGCAACCCAAAUGUGUCAUCCACGCAUCUGUCAGCUUCUUGUAGAGCGAGGGGCCAAUAUCUCUGUCCGGGACAAGCAAAAAAAAACGGCACUCAUUCUCGGAUGUGAGUAUGGUUGCAAGGACGCAGUGGAAGUGUUGUUAAAGAAUGGAGCCGAUGUCAAGGAGAAGGACAGCUUGGGCCAUGAUGCUUUCCACUAUGCUCGCCUCAGCAAGAACCACGAGCUUGUUGCGUUGAUUAAAGUCUGCCUCGACAAAGCCACAAGAGAAAAAGAGGCUGCAAGAAUAGAACAGUGGAAGCGACAGCAGUCGGUGGAGCGCUCAGACUCCAUGGAGUCUAACAGAAAGGAUCACAUGAUAAAUGACCUGGAAAGGCAGAAAGAGUCCCUGCAGGAAAGUCUCAGGAAUUACCACCUCGAGCAGAGGGCGCUGCAAGAUGAGGUCAACAUGCUACGACAACAGCUCACACAGGACAAGAAGAUUAUAGAAGACAGUCACAAGGAGAAGGAGCAAUUAAGGGUGUUACUUAGUGCCAAAGAACAAGAAGGGUCACGAGGCUUGGAGACUGUCAAGGUCCAGCUCAAAAGCACUAUGGGGGACUACAUGGGCCAGUCAGUGAUAAAAGGCAAAGAGAACGUUUUGGUCAAACAAGCAUAUAGCUUGGAUUUAGAUCAGAAACUCCAGAAUCCUGCAAUGUCACGUUCACUGACCAGACCAUCAGAGAAGGGUCUCUCUGGUGAGCCUGACAUUCUCCAACACGAACUUGAAAUGCUCAGAAGAAAACAGCAAGCGACCGAGGAGGACAGGGCCCGACUUCAUUCUGCUCUUAGCCGGAAAAACCGAGAAUGCCAAGAACUUGUUCAGAGCAGAGACCUUGUCCAGAAACAGGCUGACCAGCAAAUUCAAGAACUUGAGGAUGCCUUGGGGGACGUCCAAAAGAGAAUGCUUGAUUCGGAAUGCAAGGUUAAACAGCUGCAGGCCCAUGUGGUUGCAGUAAAGGAGCACUUAGGAGGCCAAGCCACAGAAGAGCUGCGUGCCCAGCUUCAAGAUAUGAAGGCCAAGUACGAAGGCGCUUCAGCCGAGGUGGGCCGGGUUCGUAAUCGCCUCAAACAGAGUGAGAAGGCUUUGGAGGAGUACAAAAACAGUGAAAGCCAGCUAGCAACUGAGGCUGAAAGGUUAAACGAAGAACUUGGGGCCGUAAUCACACAGAGAGAUGAACUUGCAGAAACUGUCCUUGAAAUGGAAACCCAAUUGAAGGAAACCAAGUCUAAGCAAGACAGCGUGGUACCCGCUGAGAAAUUUGACAACAUGAAAAACCUGCUCACCAAUGCGGUCGAUGAAAAGGAACGACAGCUUGCUGAACUUAGAGACGACUAUGAUCGUGUCCUAGAGGAGGUGGCACAGCUCAAUCGAAAGUUAGAUAAUCCCACUCAGGGUGAAACGGGGGUAAUAUUCUCUGAAGAACAACAAAGGAUACAGGCUGCCCUGGAAGAGCAGAACGUCUCGCUGAAAAGGAAACUACAUGACGUCACGGCUAAAAGCCAGGCACUCAUUCAUGAGAUGGAGGACACUGAGGAAGAGAGAGAAAUACUGCAAGAAAAACUGGAAGACCUGAACAACAGACUCGAGACCGAAUUCAUACCCAUCCAGCAACAUGAGGAAGCUCGGAUGGUCAUGGUAACAGCUGUGGAGGAACUGGAGGACAAACUGGUGGAAGCCAGCGAACGCUUCGGAAAAGCAGAGGCCCAGGUCCAACAGCUUCAGACUGAGAGGGUGACACUCCAUGAGGAUAUAAACAGUCUGCAAAGUGCCACUGAGAAGCAGCAAAGUGAAAUGGAAUCCCUGCGAGGGGACAAGGCUGAGCUGAAGAAGGAGCUUGAACUUUUACUGACAACAUGUGAAGACCGAGACAAGGAGUGUGAGCAGCUCACAGCAAAGAGUCAUACUCUGAAACAGAGCCUUGAGGGAGAAUAUGUGCCAAGACAUCAGCAUGAUCAACUGAGAACGGAGUUAACUGACACUUUAGAGAGGGUCAAAGCUGAGAUGGCAGAUUUGGAGUGCAGAGAUAAUGAAAAUCUAAAGGAAUUAAAGUAUGUGAUAGAAGGUAAAGCCAAGUUACAAGAAAAGUUGGAAAAGGUACUGUUGGAGAGGGAAAACGACUAUAUAAGUUUAAAGGAUCACAAAUGUGUCACAGAAAAGUUGAGUGCUGCUGUGGUGGAGGCAGAUAACAGAGCAAACCAACUGUCAGAAAUGCAUGUGACAGCCCAGAAGGAAAAUGUGACACUGACUCAAGAGCUGGAAGCUCAGAAGAAAGAACUUGAUACUAUACAGCAAGCCAUUCAGUCCAAGUUCAUCCCUCUGACAGCUGUUGAGGAAAAAGAAAACGCCUACAGUUGCCAAGUAAAGGAGAUGAAAGUUAGACUAUUGGAGAUGGAGGCGAAGUAUAAUGACGAGAAGUCUGACAGAGAGAACAACAGGCUGGAGAAAGAGAAACUGAAAGUUGAGAUUGAAACUGUUCAGCGAAGACUGGACACCGCUCUUGUCACUGGUGAAAAGCACAAGGAGUGUGAAGAUGAGUUUAAGGGCCGCUACGAGGAGGUAUCACUGAAGUUGGCCAGUCUGGAGGAGAAGCACAACAAGGUAAAUCUUCAGAAAAUUGAGCUUGAAGCCCAGAAUGCUCUGUGCAACACUCAAAUCCAGAAUCUCCAGGAUCGUCUGAAAUCCGAGUUGACUCGGAUUUCAACGUAUGACACAGAACUCAAGGCCCUUAAUGAUGCCAUGCAGCAAGCCCAGGCGGAUUGCAAGAAAGCACGAGAUGCUCAACUGUUGGAGGAUCAGAAGGUUGGUGUCCUGCAGAAGGAAGUUCAGGAACUCCACAGAGAACAGGCUUCUCUGCUGCAGCAACACACCAAAGCCAAGGAAGCCCUGGAGGCUGAAGUAACAGAGCUACAGAUGGCGCUCCGAGAAGAAGAGGAGAACAGUGGCCAGAGAGCCGAGGAUGUUUCAGCACUGCAAUCUGAGCUUCUCCAGGCCACUCAAGCGCUUGACGAGCGUUGCUCCAAGGAAAGUCAAAUGACCCAGUUGAGAAAAGAGAAGCAGCAUCUUGAGGAGGAAGCUGCUAAUCUCAGUAACAAGCUCUUUAGCUUAACGGAAGAAUGCAAAGAAGUCCACCGGGAGGCAACUCAGGCAAGGGAGGGGGAGAGCAAAACCAGGAGAGAGAUGGAGGUUGUCCACAAGAAGGGACAAGCCAUUGAAAGAGAAAUCAUGGAGCUGAAAGAGCGCUAUGAUGAGUCACUUGGCACCAUUGGGAAUCUUCAAAAGAGGAUUCAGACAUCAUCUCAGCUGACUGAAUCCAAAGACAAGAAGAUCACAGAGUUGCUGAUAGACGUAGAGCGACUGAAGCAAGCACUGAAUGGGUUGUCCCAGUUGGCGUACACAAGCAACGCUCCCAAUAAAAGACAGAUGCAGCAUAUUGAUGCCCUACAGGUCCAGAUCAAGAACCUACAGCAACAGCUGGCUGAUGCUGAGAGACAACACAGGGAGGUGGUUUCCAUUUAUCGAACUCAUCUCCUCAGUGCAGCGCAGGGCCACAUGGAUGAGGAUGUCCAAGCCGCUUUGCUCCAGAUCAUCCGCAUGAGACAAGAGUUUGUGUGUUAAAGCUUUCUUCAGAAUAAUACGAGGCAACCUGCAGACUCAAAUUCACCAUUCUCACAUCCUUGCCGCACAGUCAUGCUUCCAAUGUAUUAUCCAGACAGUAAUUCUUCUAACAGACUGUUAUUUAAAUCAAUUUAUAGUCGUUCCAUAACCUCAAAAUGAGUAUUGAGGCAGAUUAACUGUAGCAUGUAGAGACACUGCUAACUGAGGCCGAACAUUUAAAUCUACAACACUACAUUAGGUCAAGAUCACAACUAUGAAACUUAAUUGAAUUGGAAUUAUUUGACUAAUUGCUGUAGAUAAUUUUUACUGCAAACUCUUUCUUUCUUCUGACCACUUCUCACAUUCCAACUCGACAGUCAUCCUUCAAAUGGGAUGUUUGUUCUCUGAUUCACAGUCAAACUGCAUAUAUACUCACAUAUAUACAGGAUAUAUAAAAUAUUUAUAAUAUAAAAAAUAUGCUGUAUAUGUGUGUACAUACGUAUGUGUGUGUGUAUAUAUAUAUAUAUAUAUAUAUAUAUAUAUAUAUAUAUACAUAUAUAUAUAUAUAUAUAUAUAUGUAUGUAUGUAUGUAUGUAUAAAUAAGCUGGAUCCUCUUAUAUUUGCAGCUAAUGUCUCUUAGUAGAAAGAAGCCUCGCUGACAAAAUGUUUCAAAUCAAUAAGUGUGUGCCUUUUGGAGUGCCAAAUAGGACGUUUUGAGAAGGACAUCAAAGGUACAAUUGAUGUCCUAUAUAGUCAGAAGAUGCAUGUUUAAGUGCAGUUAUUUACACUUCCAAAAAGUUAGGGAUAUUUGGAUUCUGGGUGAAAUUUCAGUAUGAAGCUCAAAUGCACUUAAAAGCAGUGGUCCGCAGCGAUGCCGCAGAGGGGAAAUUUUGGUUGAUUAGGUUUUUAAAAAAAAAUAAAUUUCUUAAUACUCCGUGUCAUUUUUCCACAUAUAUAAAUUACUUUAAAUAGACAUUAACAUUGAUCCAACACACUGUAGUAUAGUUUAGAAAUGGCAGUGGCAUGGCCAUUGUAUGGUUUCACAUCUCAUUGAACAUAACUGUGCUGUAUUCAAGGUACCCUGUUUAAAGUUUAAAACAGAGGCGUGACGAGUUUUUAAAAACUUUAACGCCAAGUAGAUAAACUAAUAAUAAUGGUUAUAAUUAUAAUGAUAAUGUAUUAUUAUCAAUAUCCACUGAUUAACAUUCUACAAUCAGCUUAUCUCUACCUUUCACUAUAAAGUAAAGAAAAACUGUACUUUGCAGGUUUAAAACAAAACAUGAAUAAAAAAGAUAGCGAUUAGCACGCUAGUUGCCAGCUAGCUAUUAGCGGUGCCAUACUUUUUAUUUGAAGAACUUAUUAUUGCACAAAAAGCAGGUAUCUUUAGGACCAGUUCAAUUUAUAACAUAGUUUUAAACAGGCUGGGGGUCCUUAGCCUGGAAAACGUUGAAGAUCCCUGCUUAGAGGUGAACUUAAUUUGACCUUUUCUAAACUGUGUCCAACUGUUUAAUGUUUCACUACGAUUUACACAACUUACUCUUCUCUAACAUGGGACUGAACUGCAAAAUUCACAUCAGGUGUGUGAUCUCAUUGUGGAUCAAUAUGUUUUAGUUCAGCUAAAAAUAAAAUGAAAAAAUUAACUGUUGUUCACAUUUUGACACCAAGACCACACCUAACAAUUGAUUAAAAGUUUCAAACUGAUUGUGUUUAGAGGUAAAUAGCCACUGAGCUUAGAGUGUCAUUAGUGUCAGUGCAACAUUUAUACAUAGAGACUGGGAUUUUGCCGUUCACUUCCUUGUUGGAGAACAGGAAGUUGUGCAAAAAGUAGUGAAACAUUUGGACAUUUGCGUUCAAAAGUUGAGAGGUCUAAUAAGCCUCAUCCUGAAUUUCACCCUGAAGCUGAACAUCCCCAACUUUUUAUGAGUAUGUAUGUAUGUUGAAAGACAUGGUCCACAUCUGAAAUGAUCAUUUUGGUCGCGAGUCCCGACUGUGCUUCAUUGAGCAGAGCUUUCAUUUCACACUUACACUGGUUGGUUGUUGUGUUCUGCUGGAUUCGAGUCCUGAAGGUUUUGAGAAAAAGAGCCCUCUUGCUGUGUCCUUAAGUUUGCGGUUGCUGGUGGUGGUCUCUUUGUUGGAACCUGAGUGUCCUCUAGUGGUCAGACUUGGCAGGCCAAGUUGAUAGAAUUUGUCAGGUGCAGUGUGGCCCAGGGGGUAUGUAUGCACAUUGUGGAAACUGCAUACUUGAAAACCUAAAAUAUUCAGAGGAAUCUUGCAGCUGUCAAGACAAAUUUAAAAACAAAAUUGUUUUUAAAAAGCAUUAACCCCUGAGCCACCUGUGUGUGUUGUGAUUGUGGAGCAAGUCUCUCGUGCCUUUUCACUGACUUUUUUCAUUGCUUUGUACUACUUUGAUUACUGGACUUUAAAGUGUGACAGUUGCAACAUUCAGCAGGUCUGGAAGUAGAAGAAUAGAGCAGAUCCCCCUCCAACUUAUGUUUUAGUUGACCUAAAAAUGUGUUAUAUGAAGCACUCCUGUCUUUUCCUUCGAGCUAACACACUUAACAAAAUGCUUGUUGCGCUCUGUUUUUAUACUUUGGCCAAAUUUCUGCAGAUAAUUGGGAAUUACUGACGUUUCUGUAAGGAAAACAAAUAUUUCUACCCCUCAACUGUUAAUCUAAAGUCUCGACUAAAAGAUAUUUGUGUUUGUGAGUCACUCUGAAUCAAUAAAAGUGCCUAACA